GGCCACCUAAAGGAGCCCAGAACCUUCCACUGUGUGAUGCUUUGGCGCCUGCUGCUGUCCCUGCUCUGGGCAGGGUCCCUGGCUAAGAACAGGGACUAUGAGCUCUUAGUGACCGGUUCAGUGACUGUGCAGGAGGGCCUGUGCAUCUUUGUGUCCUGCCAAGCACAUUACCCUUCUUCCAGUAGUUCUGUCUUUGGAUACUGGUUCCAGAAGGGGGUCACUAAAAGCCUCAACUCUCUGGUGGCUACAAAUGAUCCAAAGCAAUCAGUUCAGAAGGAAGCUCAAGGUCGAUUCCAUCUCGUGGGGGGAGCAAAUACCCGUGAUUGCUCCCUGGAUAUCAGAGAUGCGAAGAGAAGAGAUACAGGAGUGUACUUCUUCAGGGUGGAAGGAAGUGGAAGUAUGAAAUAUAGUUUCUUGAAGCAGAAGGUCUCUGUGGAGGUCACAGCUCUAAAUGAAACUCCUAACUUCCAAGUCUUACCUACCCUGGUGUCUGGAAUUUCCACCCAACUGAUCUGCUCUCUGCCCUGGGCUUGUGAGCGUGGGACCCCACCCAUCUUCUCCUGGAUGUCAUCUGCCCUUACCUCCCUGGGCCCUAGGACGAACCUCUCCUCAGAGCUGAACCUAACACCCAGGCCCCAGGACCAUGGCACAAACAUCACCUGUCAGGUGAACUUCCCUGGCGUUGGUGUUACCAUGGAGAGGACUGAACAGCUCAGUGUCACUUAUGCUCCACAGAAGGUGACCAUCAGGGCGUCCUGGGGAGAUGACACAGAGCCUGAAGUCCUGCACAAUGGCUCAUCUCUGCAUAUCCAAGAGGGCGAGUCCUUGCGCCUUGUCUGUUCCGACGACAGCAACCCCCCAGCCGUGCUGACCUGGGAGCACCUGACCCAGAAGCCCCUUCAGCUCUCCACUAAGGAACUGCAGUUACAGAGGGUGGAAUUGGAGGACCAUGGAAAAUAUAUCUGCCGAGCUCAGAACAAUCUGGGUGCCCAGGUGACCUCUGUGAGCCUCAGUGUAAAGAGCCUUCCACAGCUUCUGGAACCCUCCUGCUCCAGGGAGGCUGAGGGUCUGCACUGCAGCUGCUCCUCCAGAGCCUGGCCUGCCCCCACCCUGCGCUGGAGACUGAGGGAGGGGCUGCUGGAGGGGAACAGCAGCAACGUCUCUUUCUCGGUCACCUCCAGCUCCACAGGACCCUGGACCAACAGCUCCCUGAGCCUCAGCAUGGAGUUCAGUGAUGGCCUCAGGCUCAGCUGUGAGGCCUGGAAUGACAAUGGAGUUCAGAGAGCCACUAUCUUGCUGCUGCCAGACAAACCAGAAACCAGUACAGGAGUGGUCCAGGGGGCCAUGGGAGGGGCUGGGCUCAUGGCCUUGCUUGCUGUCUGCAUCUGCCUCAUCUUCUUCGUAGGAAAGGUCCUCAGGAAGAAAUCUGCCCUGAAAGUAGUGAACAUGGAAGACAGCUGUCCUGCUGGGUGCCCUGUCUCCACCAUAAAUGGUUCCAACACGACCUCGUCCAGCAUUUCGGGUCACUUGAAUGCAUCAGAGUCACAGAACCAGAAAGAACAGUCACCACUUGCCACAGUCCCACACACCCUGGAGGAUGAGCCGGAACUCUACUAUGCCUCCUUGUCCUUCCAAGGCCUGAAGCCCCGGCAGCCUCAGAACACGGAGACCAUCAAGUCUGAUUACACAGAGAUCAAGAUCCGCAAGUGCUGACACUCCUUGCUCUGUGUGCCCAGUGUGGCUGCAGUGCUGGAAAGGACAGCAUAUGUUAGGGACAGAUUCUGGUGUCACUGGCCCUCUAAACAAAGGUUCUGAAGGGCAGGAGGGGGUCUUGGAAGGAAUGAAGGCCACAGGAUUCCUGGGUUCAGGUCCAGAUUCAGUGUUACUCUCACAGAAGCCACCUUUUAUCACUGUGCCCUGUCUUUCGUCUCUGUAAGGUGGAGUCAUAUCCACGAGGUGUGUGUGACAAGGAGAAAACACAGUGUUUAUUGUUUGUUGAUGGUGUUACAAUAUGUUGCCUCAGCAUUAGGGAGAGGCAUUCUGAUUUUAUUACAUAUUUGAUUUUUACUUGUAUAUUUUAAAGAACAUAUGUUAAUUCUUAGCGUGAUUCCUUUUUGAAGUGUGCCGGUGUUGUAGCUAAGUGUAUCUCAGAUUGGACUCAUAUCAGAUGUUCUUCAAGCUCUGAAAGUUGACACAGAUGCCAGUCCAGACUGCUAUACCCAGAAAAAAAUCUGUCAAUUAUAAGGCCUAAAAUUAAGAUCUUCUACAAAUCAAUAAAAGUUGCAAACAAUCCAAUACAAAAUGGUGUAUGUGAG